UUGAGAGUCCGCCCAUGCGAGAGCGCUCUAUCUCGAGAGAGGAGAGAGAUCGCUCGGCUAUCUCCCUCUCUUUCUUCCCUUUUUAUCUCGGUAUAUCUCUCUGCCUUUCGCUCCCUCCCCCCCCCUCUCUCUCUCUCUCUCUCUCGCUACUGCUUGACUUUGGUUGCUUCAUCGUCUCUGUGUGUGUGUGUACGUGCGCGCAAAUGAGUUUUCGACUCGAGGGUGUUUGGCUUUGGGUAGGACGCGCGGUUUUAUGGAGAUCCUCGCGAGCGGGCUUUUCGAGUUUGUUUUUCUUUUGGCUUUCGCUUCGAGAGACUAUUGUGUGCUAAUGUGCGGGGCCUCGCUUGGGCUUGGGUUUUAUUUUUUCUUUUAGCAACGGGCAUAAUAGUUUGGGAUUGUUUUUAACAUAACCGACCGAUGAUUCGAACGCUGUGAUCAAUAGAUGUACCACAAGGCGCUGAAAAUCAUCAUGUUUUCGACGGCAGCUCCGCCUAUAAUCUUCGUUUAUUUUCGUAAUGCUCGCUCUCUCGCGCGCUGGCAUCUCGCUAGGAAGGGUAGGAAAAAGAGGCCCAAAAGUGGGGGAAACGACGGCAGCGGCGCUGCUGCACAAUCGGCACCACGUGCUCCCUCUCUUCCCGCGAUCGAGAGAAGAACAGUAAACACUUUAUCAGCAAAUGCUCGGCCUUUUUUAAUCAGCGGCAGACGCGCGAGUUCGGCCUCUUCCAUGUCCCUCUCUCUCUCUCUCUCUCUCUCUCUCUCUCUCUCUCUCUCUCUCUCUCUCUUUCUCACUCGCAGGUUUUUUGUCGAAAUCGGCCAAGAAACGGGCCGAGGGAUUUAUAAGGCUGUAUACACCGCCUGUCGGCGCGUACGUCAAAGUGCAGGCUUAUUUUUGGUCGCCGCGAUCGCCGUAAUCGAUUAGUGUAUACGAACCGACAGCGCUUUUUCUCGGGGAGAGAUUUAUCGGAGGUAUGAUACGCACAGCUCGUGUACUGUUUAUUCGAUGAUUUAACGAGCGAGGCUCGUUAUACGCGCUCCCGGUAAUGAUAAAAGUCAAGGCCGCGAACGGAUGUGCCCCCCAACGUGUAAAAAAGCUGCUGCCCAAGUUAUUGGCUCAUUUGCAUAAGAACGCAUUACAGCGUCGCGAGAGGGCCGCUUAUUUUCCGAAACUCUGCUCGCGCCGCGAGAUUCAUAUCAAUACGCUGGACUGUUGGGAUUUUCGAGAAACGAAAACGUACAUAUACACGCGCGCACAAUCGGCCCAUUAUGCGAGCAUACGUCAGGUUUCAUUCAUAAACCGGAAGCCUUUAAAUUGCGCUUCUCCCAGGCCGUAAUAAAAAUCUCCGGACGCGCGCGAUAAACGCGUUAUAAUUCUGAAUCGACAAAGGGAAUUAACUCAAUUAGAUGCACGCGUGUAAAAAAUGACUGCUCAAAGGUACAUAUAGGCGGCCACAAAUCGUUCGCCGCGCGCGGCUUCUAUUAUAUUUUAACUGUUAAUCCCCGAGCGCGCGCGCGUAAGUCGGCGAGAUGAGUUGAGCCCCGUUGGAUUAUGAAAAUACGGCUGGUAAUCUCUCUUUCUCUCGUGGGAAGAAAAUAGCCCUUGUUUUGAAAAGGCCACCGCUCGAGCGCGCGCGCCGAUAACGUAUUAUGUGUAAUAGUGUCAGAGUUCAGCGAAUUAAAAAAAAGCUUCUCUAUCGUUCUCGCAUUUCACGUGUCAUUUGCUCGCGCGGACGUUCGUUCUUUUUCCCUCCGAUUUCUCGGAGAAAGUUAUAUUGUUUUCGACGGCGCUGCGGCUUUUCUGUGCCGAGCGUUCAACUUUUAUCGCCGAUGCAGUGAAUACUACGCGCGGAUCUAUUAUCCGCGAGGUAUAUACGUGGUCCGUAUCUGCUCGUUGAUGAUGGACGAUUUUUAUUAAAAUGAUGUAAAGUCAGCGGUGAAUGACGACUGUUGGAGAGGAAAAAUUCAUUGCAUCAUUUUAUCUAAAAAUUCCAAGCUCGGCGCAAACCGUCGAACAUACGGAGCUCGAUCGUCUAUCGAGAAAAAACGAAACAUCUGCGGUCGCGCAGCGCCGCGAAAAAAGCCCGUCGCUCCAUUAACGAUCGAAAAAGUAGCGCUUUCCUGUAACCCGAGAGAUCAGGUAGCACAUCCUCUUUUUUUCUCCAUAUCCCCCGAAAAAAAAACCUCCUUACCUCGCUCCACAAAUCUCGCUUGUCGCGAGUCAAAGGGGUCGUCGGCACGCGCCUAUAAAUAAAAAAGGUAAAAACGCCGCUAAAAGUAAAAAAAAAACACUUCGGAAAGCUCGGCCGAAUUGCGCAACGAGUGACAGGCCGAGACUGACGUAGGCAAAGUAGUCGCGACUGUCUCUCUCUCUCUCUCUCUCUCUCUCUCUCUCUCUCGAGAAAAAAAAGCUCAGGAAGCGAGAUAUAUUCGUUAAUACGUUCGAAGAGCCGCGUGUUUGUGCAGCGUCGGUCCACCUGGUCGCGUGUACACGCGUGUACGAGAAUAGCGAGAGAAAACGUUCGAAGAGAGUCGUUGCAGCGCUGCUUGGAUUGCAUCGAUUUUCGCCUUUUGUUCCCGAGUCUGCGUAUACUUUCUACUGGUAGCGGUAGUCGUGGGUGUGUAUUAGAGAGACACUUUUGAAGCCGCGCGGGAUCUUUGUCUCUCACUUUCCGAGUGGCUGUGUAUUUUCGGCGUGCGGUUGAAGAACUCGUUAGGCGAUUGACGGAUCUUAUUCCGACCGCGUGACUCCUCGCCCCGGCGAUGCGGAAAAUUUUUUCCUCGCUUAUCCAUUUUGAAAAUUCGUAAUGUGUAUAAAGCGCUGCAGCCGCGUGAAUAUUUAUUUUCGAGCUCCAUUUGAAAUUCAAACGGCGCAAAGCCGCGCGUCCGUCCCGAGAAGCGGCCGCGUAUACAUCUUUCUCGUGUAUAAUCCGAGAAACUCGCGCUCAUGACGCUUAAGCUCUUCUCUUCCGCGCGCAAAGAAAAGCACAGCGGAGAGUGUGUCGGCGGCGGCUCUCUUAAAGAGCCGUAAAAAAGGGUGGAAAAAGUGGUAGGAACAAAGUCUUCCUCUUCCACGUCUCUCUCUCUCUCUCUUGAAUAACACGUGCGGAAGUGCAGCAGCGAGUACAGACACACACACACACACACACAUACAAGAGGGCGCUUUAAAUCUCGGACAGAUGCCGACUUGCGGGCUGUAAGGGGUACUGGCUAAAAUAAUAAAGCUGCAGUUCUGCCGCUGGCUCUCUCUCUCUCUCUCUCUCUCUCUCUCCGGAAAAGAGAGCGUGUGUUUGUGUUUCUAGACACCGUUGAGGUACACCGAGAGGGUAUUGUUCGGUAGGGGGGCAGGACAUAAGUGAAAUUCGAUAGCCGCGCUGCGGCACUGAAAUAGACGUCUUCUUCCGGAAAUCGAGACGCGGAAAUGUGAAUUCGAUUUUCGACUGAUAAGACGGUGUCUAUACGCCCGGUAGUAGCGACGUGGGUGGCUAUAGGCCCCGAAAACUUUACACGUACAGUGCUAAUCCUUGGGCAAACAGUUUCCUCGACGGGAAGGAUCUUCUUGGAUUUCGGGAAGCUGAGGAUCUUGCGCCGCGCGUGUAAGAGUACAAAUUACGCCGCAUGUGCAGCGCGACCGCCGCGUCGGACGUCACUCCGAGUUUGUUGACUUUGAGGAUUCUGGAAGUGUAUAUCCCGCGGCCUGUGUGGCUUCGACUUUUCCGUUUGCGUUUAUAAUCAUCGCGGUUGCAGCUCUUGAUUUAAAAUUCGACAGAAAAAAAAAAAAUAUCGACACGUGUCUCAUCCGAAAAUAUAAUAAGCCAGCUCCGAAUCUCCCGGAGCCGCAAACAAGGGCCGCAAAGGCGAUUAGAGAAGCGAGUCGAUGACUGGGCAUUGGGACAAAUCAUUUCCCGGACAAAAGAGCCCAAACACAGUAGAGGCACUAAAUAUAGGACCGUGUAUAUCUCUGCCCAUCGACAUAACAGACGCACACAUAGAGCCGCAGAGCUCAGAUAGCGCAGACGAGAUAACACUGCGGGAUUAGUCGGGGGCCGCACGAGCGGAAGGUUCGUUAGAGAGACGUAGCUAUAUGUAAAUGGGCUUAUGAUGCCAGACGAGGUGACUAAUAGCCCGUGUCACCGGGACAAUGCAGGUAUUAUCGAUUUUUCCCCAACGACACGCGCCGAUGUUCACUACUACUCCGUUAUUCGCUGCAGCUGUUCCGCGCUCUUUUCAAUCUCUCUCGGAAAGCAAAAUACGUAAGCUCGCGCGCGGAAUAAUUAAACGACGCUCGGCUGAUGUUGGAGAGAGAGAGAGAAAGUCGCGAUAAAAACGCUGCUCGACGCAUUAUUGCUGAUUCGUUAUGGUUGUAAAAAAGUCGCCCGAUAAAAAGUAGGUUAUCCGGCGUAUCAUCUUUUUUUUAAAGAACGAUCACGUUUUUCCCGGCCGUAAAACGUGUGUGUGUGUGUGUAUUUUCGCAUUAACGCCGGCGAUUUUUAUCGCUCUCGAGAGUGUAUACUACUGUUAAACUGCGUCUCUCUCUCUCUCUCUCUCUCUCUCUCUCUCGAGUGUGUGUGUGAUUCGUUCGCGCGUAACGCGCAGCUCGCAAUAACGAUCAAAAAAUUUCCCCGAACCGGUAGUAAAUUUUCAAGAGCGCGAUAAAUCGCGAUACCCGGCGAAAGUUCGCGGGCGCGCGAACGUUUGAGAUUUCGACCGCUGAUACUCAGCCAAGUCACGCGAGAGGAUACCGAAACGCUUUUCCAUCAGCCUUAUACUCGCACUCGCUGCAGUGCGAGAGAAAGAGCUAUGCUGGACUGCUCGGAUUACAGGCCGUCGGCUGGGCUGCUGAGGGACAGCCUGGCCAAGAGGAGCCGCGAGUUCGUGCUCGAGAAUUCGCUCCACGUGGUCCCUUACUUUAUCGACCCGUCGAGGUCGAUUUACGAAAGAUUCGUCUGGUUUCUCAUCUUCAACGUCUCGGUAAUCUCGGCUGUCGCAACGAUCAUGACGAUCUGGGAAAAAUUCCAAACAUCGCCGACCCUGACGUAUCUUCACAUAGAGAGAGAAAACUCGACGCUGGAUUUCCCAAACGUCUAUCUCUGCUUCGACGAGAGCCAUCUGAACUUUUCCGAAUCGCAUUUGACUCCGUCGCAAGCGGAGAUAUUGCGAGCUCUUUACACGUGGGAGGGCAAUCCCCCGGGAUUUGGAAACGAGGACAUGGGAGAGGUUUCAGGGCCUCUCGGAAGGUACUUGCUUCGAGUCGCUCCGGAAUGCGGAGAAUUUUUCUCCGACUGCGAAUUCGGACAAAAAUCCCUCGACUGCGCAGAUUCGUUCGCGAGCAGAGUCGCCACUCCGGGCGGCGUUUGCUGCGAAUUCCGGAGCAGAGCCAUCGAGAGAGACGAUUCCUCCUGGAGUUUACGCUUUCUGCCGAGUCAGUAUCCUAUAAGCGUGCACGUGACGGGUAGAUCCGAAGGUCCUCCCAUUUACGGGCAGCAGCCGACUUACGUAAUGAGCGGGCCGUCCUCUAUCCAGCUGAGUCUGACGGUCACGAAGACGGCCAGCAGUCUGCGCUUCCUCACUAGGUCCCAGCGCAAGUGCGACUUUCCGGAGGAGAGUCCCUCCCACGUCCACUGCGAGAGAGCACACGUCGAGAAAACGUUCAAAUCGAAGUGCGGCUGUCUUCCUUGGUUCUACGCUUCCGGUCAGGCCGAGGACUGUCCCUUGAGCAAGUACCAGUGUCUCUCCGAGAUCGAUUCCAAGCAGUUGGCAGAUCCCAACUGCCACAUGUCCUGCGACCACACGGCCUACAAUUGCGAGAAGAUCGAGCGCGCGGGCGACUCGAGCGAAGUUCGCUUCCUGAGCUGGCCGGACGUGCGCUUUCGGCGCUCGACGCGCUUCGGCUGGUUGGACCUCCUCGUCUCGUUCGGGGGCGUCGCCGGCUGCUUCCUCGGCUACUCCAUCAUCACCAGCCUCGAGGGCUUGUACUACUUCACGCUGCGCACCUACUGCGGCGCUGUGCUCGGUGUGCCGAAGAGCAGGUUCAACGUCCAGGUCCAGCCUAGAGAAGUCAAGAGGCUGCAGGGAGAAGCUAAGGAAAGGGUUGCUGCUGAUGGAUUUUCUGAUCAGCUGAAGCUGCGGUAUCUCAAGGACUAUUGAUAGAUAUUAUUACAUAGGACUAUGAAUGAAAACAAGAGUGCGAUUAUAAAAUAAAUGUAUAUAUUUAUUUCAGAUUUUUCAAAUCCUUCGUUUCACUUGUUUCGCCUAGUUUUAUGUUACGCAUUCGAGAUACAUCCCGACUCCGUGAAAAUCGCUUCUAUAAUUUUUUUUUAUUUAUAUACACACACACACAUAUAUGUGUGUGUAUAUCCAAGCAGCGGUAGCACACGAGAAUUUUUGGUGUUUGUUUGUUUUCUUUCUUACUAUAGCGAUCUUUGACUUUCGCAUAUGAUCGCCUCCACUUCAAUUUCAGGUCCGAAACGACAUGAACGGAAAUUAAGGCGGCGCACGACACACUCUUGUAUAUCAAAAUCAUGCCGUAUCGUGUAAUUUUCUCAUAUAUAAUAAUAACUCUGAAACGAUCGAAGAAACUCAAAUCGCCUUUGCUCUGAUACGCUGCAACGCUUCUGAUUCUAGCUAUUGUACUUUUUUUUUCGUUUAAUAUCUGCGCGUUUUAAUUCUUAAAUUUUUGAAAUUCAACAGUGUCAUAGCGUCGUUACAACGUAGUAGUAUCAACUAAAGAUUCUCUGUGAUAUAAUCUAUGCUCAUAUACUUUACAACGAAAGCCUCAUCAACUGUAUACCGUGCAACUCUUUUCUGGUCCCUAGAAAACCGAUGAUUUCAAACUGAGAUUAUGUUUACGUAUUUAAUGUGUAAUAAUAACGUUAUAAUAUAGAUUGGAGCUUUAAAAUUCAUUUCUAGUAUAUAUAAUUUAUUAAUUCGAUAACGUUAACGAUAGUUCCUUCAAAAAGUCGAAGCGUUCUGCAUUGCGAGAAACGAUAUAGUUUCCAUAAGUACAUAACUCAUCCUGAAAUUCAAAAAUCGCCUCUACGAUUUAUACCUACAGACUUCUUUUAUAAUAUCAAUACGAUUCGAAUAUUUCGCCUAAAUUAAAUCAUCGUUGCGAUGAGUACAAUUUUGAUUGCUUUUCAUAUUCCAUUUUUUUUCUACCUAACUCAUGCGUAUCUCACUCGCGUAAUUUUUUUUUGUCCACGUUUCGCUCGUGUCUGCGCUACGUUCGUUUCGCGGUGCUGGACAAAUACGUCGUCGAGUACUUUAUUAAUGGCAAAAGUGUGACGAUUAAGGAAAAUCGCGUGACUGUUCGGAAAAUUUUUGCUCGCCUUGCGUUUGUGUGUUUUUAUGCGAUAUUGUAACAUUUAAAUUGUAUCAAAAUACACUUCGAUUACAAAUGCGCGAUGAAUGUCUCUAAUGCCGUUUAUUACAUAUAUCAAUGUGGAAAAACGAUCUCUGCGAUGUACAUUAUCACGGCAAUUAAUGAAGUACUCAAGUCAAAACUUGUCCGACACAUAGGUUUUUAGCUUUAUACUUUUUCGCCUUAAGUCUAAAUUGAAAUCAAAUAUAAUGUAGAUAAAGGACUAUACUGACUGGAAAGAAAGUAUGUAUAUAUAUAUUUCGUUUAAAAAUCUCUCAAUCAACGAGUAUUUUUAUGUUCGUGUAUAAUCGCAUGGAAUGUUCUCUCCCUCUUUUUUUUCACCAUUUCGCUCCGAUCGCACACUGCGUCGUCAUACAUAAAAUCGACGCAUGAAUCGUUCGUGUGUAUAUAUAAUAUAAUAUUACGCUUUUUUUUUUCAUAAGUUUUACAUUUUAUACAUUACGUCCAAAGUGCGUAGAAAGUUCAGUUGAAUUAUAUCCUCUUGUAUACAAUUUAUUCAUAAGAAGACGCGCGUGUAAGAAUCAGGGGAGUUUUUUUAGUUCGUACAAUAUACUUUUUGACUUUAAAUCUAUGUUUUAUAUAUUCUCAUGUUAAUAAAAGCUUAUCUCGCGAUUUA